AUGCGCCAUGUGUUUGAGUGGAGAAUGGGAACAUGGUCAAGACAUGGAAGCUGCGCUCCCGCUUGGAGCCGGCCAAAUAUUGUCGGAGUAUCCGUAUCCAGGUGCAGAAAGAUGAUUGAUGGUCCAUUAGGAAUAGUAAGGAAGAUAGAAGAAGACGAAACGUACAGAUACGGGGCUCUACUAUGGAUAGACUGGUCGCGGCAGCUUCACAACGGAGUGCAAUCCGAGCAACGAACGGCGGGCCGAAUUUUCAAUGACGGGCGAGAAUACUCGGGUCAAGGUUCCCUAGCCCAACUUGGCCAGGUACAAGCUCGCGACAGAAUUGCGUCUACGGGAUCUUCCCAUGUCGUCUACAGAAAGCAGACGCAAGCCGAGCCAGUAAGUUGCGAGCUGCAGAACAAGGGACCACAGGCCACCCCUGCUCAUAAGCACCCAACGCCAGGAACCCAGGCGGGGUGGGAGGCUCAGGUCCCCGAGAAAUUGAAGAAUGAUCAACACAAGGGUGGGAAAAGGGUGGGUGGUGGUGGUGGUGGGGUUGUUGUUGAAGGAGCGAAAAGGGUGAAGCGGGAGCAGAAUCAGAAGGGGAGAAUGACCGGGCGGAUCGGAACAACAAUUCCCUCCGCCGUUUUCUCUGUCCUCAAGUCAUGUCACUUGCUGGGAAGACCACAGCUGACACACGGCCUCGUUGAAAUGGGACACCGGGGGGCGGAGGGGGCGGUGGAUGUAUCGUCAUCCUCCAUCUUGAGAGUCUGCCUACUUUCCGAAACCGAUGGCUACAACGACAAAUUUGACUACACCCUAUCACAUUGUCGUAUCAUUAAAGGACAAGGUGGCGAACUGACCGAACGGCCGGGAGUAGAUCAAAGAUUGCAAGCAAGCCAAUUUUUGUUCACUCACUUGUCACCCAUGUGGAUGAAGCUGGGCAACUCUAUUCUAACAGAACCUAGGCACAUACCCAACCUUCAAGAAACACCCAGCAUGUUCCUCGUCAAAGCUAACCUUAUUGGUUCAGCAAGGCGAGCCGAUUUCAGUCUUGAAGAUGAAGGGUCAGCGGGAGGGACGCUGCGGCAUAACUUCAAGAUGUCCGGAUCCGCCUCAUCGCCAUCGGCGGGGUGGUCAUGCAGUGGCACUUGCAUUUGUUUGUAUUCGUAUGCGCUUUCGACGUUCAAUGGCGCAACAUAUCAGCCGGGGCACAUUGACUAUGCGCAAUGGACUUUGCAUUCUCUAUCAUAUUGCUCCAUACAUAACAUGCUGCUCUCAAACACGACAGGUUACCGCGAGUCUGGGCGGAAAUUUACUUGCAAAACGCUAGCAUACUACGUACAGCAAAUAGCCGGGAGCGGGAAAAGUCUCCAGACUUUACAACAAGCCGUUCUGUCGCCUGCUGAUGGUCGCAAGACCCCGGGCACAGGGCGAUCAGGACAAUGCUGUGAUUAUCUUGGGAUUGAGCAGGGGAACUCUGUCGCAUCAGUGACUGGGAAGGGGAUCGUGGAGAACGGCAAUAUCCGUUUGAUUCCAUCGAGACAUGCUCCCGGCGGUGCCAUAUGGGCGACUGUGCGCCCUGGCUACUGCAGCAUUCCGGCACCUAGUGUGUAG